UAUGUAGCUCUCUUGGUUAACCCGCAGAAUCUAUGUUCUCAUGGCUGCCUCGACCUCCUUUCACCAUAGUGAAGUGCCAACGAAUGUAGGCAAACCAGUGAGCAUUACCGUGCUGGAGGGACACGACUUGAAAGGCGUCAAAGGAGAUGGUCCAGUUACCUUUAUUCGAGCCGAAUUCAAUGGGGUUCUCCUGGGUGACUCUCCAAAAGUGGACACAUCCGUGGAAGGACACACGAAAUACAAUUUUACCGCCACCUUUGACUGCAACCCUGAAGGCCAGCACAGUCUAGAUGACAUUGCACACAAGCCCUUGAUAUUCACAGUUAUUGAAGUCUUACCAAAGGAGAAGAAGCAGAAAGACGAGAAGACGGUGAUUCUGGGCCAAGCUGGGCUGGACCUUCUGCCUUUACUACAAGGAUCAUGUCAAUUCGAUGCCACACUCCCACUGCAUCCUGUGCCUGGCUCUCCCUUGGAGACCCUUCGACCAGAUGCCAAGUGUGCCAUCGAUGUGUUAGUAUCUGCCCAGGACAGUCUACUAUCUCCAAUGCAGCUGUCUGAGGGCAAUCUAUUGAGAGUGACCAUGGAAGCUGCUUAUGCUGUCCCUGAAGCCUUUGUUCCUGCAGGGCCCCAGCAGAACUACAUGGUCGGCUUUCAAGUGCCGGCCGUUGGAGAGAAGGAAUGCCCCUUCUUGUUCAGAAACGGGACCCUGAAACUCGGUGGUGAGAAAGAACCGGUACCUCGUCCAAAAAAGUGGCCGGUGGCCAACAUAUUAGCCCCCGGGUGCCAGAACAUCCCGGAUUCCUUCAUCGUUGGAGGCCCUUAUGAGGAAGAAAACGGAGAACUCAACACACCUGAGGAAAGUGAAACCAGGAUUCUGGGAGAAACAGUUAAAAAGCGGAUUGUGUGGGACGUGGAACGGCGCUGUUAUCUGGAUCCGGCAGCUGUGCUCUGCUUCCGCAAGCGGAUUGCCGAUUGUUGGUGCUGGCCCGUGGAGAUCACCAGAGUGCCUGUGGUCACCUCCACGAAAGGAAAAGCUGGAAAGGGAGAGAAGGGAGGUGGAGGAGCAGGAGGGGCGAGUGGAGGCGCAGCCGGCGAGGAAGAGCAAAUAUCCUUUCACGGCGUGGCUUUCGUCAACUUGGUGCCUUUACUUUAUCCUGGAGUGAAGAGGAUCCGCGGAGCAUUCCGGGUUUUCCCCUACCAUGACAGCGAGGUGUUUGAAAAGACCAAGUGUCUCUUCAGCCUCUUCCGUGACGUUGGCUACCAGGCAGCCCUGAAUAAAUUUGGGCCUGUAGGGAUGUACACCCCGCAUACCAGAGGGGUCCUUGGGAAGAACACAAAGGAGGACAAGCCUCCUAAAGAGAUUAUGCUCCGAAAGGUAUCCACCAUUGUGAGAAAGGACGCAUCAGAUACCACCCUCGAAGCAGCUGUUUCUGUCUUCCAGAACAUAGAAGGGCAGCAAUACGUGGAAAGCGGGACCUUUCUGGUGAUAGAGUUUGCACUGGACAAAGCUUUGGUGCCCAAGCGUCUGCCAGAGGAACUUGCGAGCCGGGUGAAGGAAAUGAUUCCUCCGCGGCCUCAGCUUCCCAGAAGAACUGCAGGGGCUAAGAAG